AGACUUGAGUAUCGUGCGUUUCUUUUAUUUUUCUACACUGGUUUUCCGCUGACCCAAGCUAGCGCACACCCACUUUGGCAAAUACCAACAUGGCGGAAAUUCUGUGAUACGUUUAAAUGUUGGCCGAUACUCUGUUUUCCUCUCUCUUUUUCGUUAAAAGCGGAGUACAGAUGAUUAUUUAAUGAUGAAGAAACAGUUUUAUCGUGUGAAACAACUGGCUGACCAAAGGGUCGGAAGAGCGGAGAAGACUGAAAUUUUAACAGAGGAUCUACAGCAUGUUGAGAAGACUGUUGACAAAAUCAAACAUGCAUGUCAAACAACAAAUAAGAGGCUAGCUGCCUCAAUGCAAGGCACUGGAAUGGAUUUAGAGAAAAGAUUGGCAGUACUAUUCCUCAAGUCAUUACGUGGUUCGGAUGAUCUUGCUAUGCUGUGGCCUCAAAUGAGAUCUGAACUUAUGAGAAAACUUCACCAAACAGCUUUGGCACAAACCAUGUUAGAAUCAGGACAGCAGUUAGGUGAAGAUUCUCUUUUAGGUAAAGUGAUGCAGAAAUCAGGGGAUGUACAGACUUCACUGGCAAGAGAACUUGCAGAGUAUGAAAUGCAAGUAGAACGGGAUGUCUUAGCACCCAUGACAUCACUUCUUGAGAAUGAUAUCCCAAAUAUCACACAAAUAAAGAAGAAAUUGACAAAGACCAGGCUGGAUAUGGAUACCGUUAAAUCAAGAUGGACAGCUGCUGUCAAAGUCUCCCAUGGAGCAAGUAAGGACAUGUUAGCUGCCGCAUCAAAGGCAGAUGCACUGAAGGAUGAGUAUGAGGAAGAAACUGCCAAAUUUGAAGCCUGUCAAGACACUCUCACCACAGAACUUUUAAAAUUUGUUUCAAGGGAAGGAGAAUAUGCCAACUGGAUAAUAAAGUACAUUGAAGCCCAGCUGGAUUAUCAUCAAAGAGCCACGUCAGUACUUGAUAAAGUCUUGCCUGGUCUCAAGUCUCUCCUAGAUGAAUCAGAACUUCAACCAGUGUAUGGCUGUCCACUGGAGGACCAUCUUAGAAUACAGGAAAGAGAAAUAGCCUUUGUGAUUGAAGAAUGUGCCACAUUCCUGUAUAGAGAAGCCCUUGAUGAACAAGGACUAUUCAGACUUGCAGGUAGUACUGCCAAAAUCAGAAAACUUACAGCUGAAUUUGAUGCUGGCUUGGUAGACUUAUCAGAGUUUGAAGGCGAUGUUCAUGUUGUCACAGGAGCGCUUAAGCAGUAUCUUAGAGAGCUUCCUGAGCCCUUAAUGACUUCUAAGCUAUACAGUGAAUGGAUACAGGCUUCAACGAUUCAAGAUAAUGGUACAAGGUUACAAGCAUAUUGGACUAUUGUAGAAAAAAUGCCAUCUCUGUAUAAAGCCAACUUAAGGUACCUGAUAACUUUCCUUGGGAAGCUGUCCGAAAACAGUGAUGUAAAUAAAAUGAGUGCAAGUAAUAUUGCUAUUGUCAUAGCCCCCAACCUCAUCUGGUCUCCAGAGGACGAUGGUGGUGUAAACGUCCAACACACUGGUGUCCAGUCAUCCAUUGUAGAGGCGUUAAUUCAACAUUACAGCUGGUUCUUUCCAGGGGAAAUCGACUUCUCUCGUAAAACCGCCUCAGCGACAAAUGGCGUGAACCAGGGUUUUCCUGAGAAGUGCAAGAAAGGCCCAGGAGAUUAUAAGAGUGUUACAGGCGACUUCUUAGAAGAGGUGGUGAGUCUUGUGAAUAUGAAAUGCGUCGAUGACUCUGGCACUCACGCCCAAAAUUCCCAAGAAUCAGAAACAGCCAAGCCAGCGGUUAUUGAUGUGGAACAAACUAACACCCCUCCACCUAAGAAAAAAGGCACCCCUCCAGCCUUGGUCAAAUUCAUGGGCUCUUCGAGUCCAGGCCCUAGCACUUCUGCUCCUCCUCUAGCCGGUCCCAAGCCCAUCGCAACUUCAGUUGGACCACCAAGACCAACGAACGCCCCUCCACCACCUCCGUCCAAACCACUUAAGAGAGAAAGCAAGUAAACGUGGCCAUCUAAGGAAAUAACAUUUAAGCAAUAAUGCCAAUGACUGACAAAGCUAAUAGUAGGCUUUUGUACAGUUAAAUUGGCUAUUAUUUGAUUAUUACCAUUAUUAGGAUUAGUGGCCGUUUCGAAAAUGAUUCAUAAAGACAUAAAGAUAGCCGUCCGCCUCCAUCGUGCGAAGACGAGAGGGCAGUCUGUGUGUGGGGGAGGGGAGGGGGGGAGGCUCUCGCAAGUGGACAACAUGAGCAGGAUGAGUCAAGUUUCAAGAAUUUUCAUCCGAGUUAGGCUCGGUUGUUCAUAACGCAAGAUACAGGCAGAUUAUUCGUCCGUUGAGUUGGUUUUAUUUACAUUGGCAUUUCUUUCAGGAAGUUGAUAUUUUUAUUUGUAUUUCAAGGCUCUAGGUUGGUGCCACUUUCUAGACGAUGUCAUGGUAUAUAGUCUAAGAAGUUUUUAGUGAAUUGAUAUAAUUUACGAGACGAGGGUUAAUCAAAUGAAGUGCCAAAUUAGAGGUUAUUAUCGCUGAUUUAGUUCGCUUUUUGAGCUAUGAAAUCGUGUUUAUUGAACUUUUAAACAUAUUUUAAAAAUGAAACGUCAUGCAUCCUCUCGCGACUAAGGAAGACAAGGUCGCUGUUCCCAGGAGAAUAAAAAUCAAGCUUGCCUUUUGCUCGGAAUGAUCUUGUUUUCUUCCGCUUAGGCACAGUGGGCCUCGCUUGAAGUUGAAAUGGCCAACUGAUAAGCGAGUUGCCAUAAUUGUGAUUGGUCAGAUGUGACAACUGUUGUGUAAGCGUACCCUAACAAACUGACACUGUUAGCAGUCCUCACUUCCGAUUCAAUUUUCUGAAUUUGAAAUUUUUGUAACGUUGAGAAAAACGGUCAUCUUUACACAUAUGCUUUUUUCGAGAUUGUUUUGAGCAGGAGUGACUGUUUCAUGUUCUAUGAGAGAUAUAUGCUCUAUACUUUUGAGUAUAGUGAUUUGGUGAUGAUUUUUAUUAAAUCAAUCAACAAAUCAUCUUGGUUAAAUAAUAGAGUACAGCUAGUUUGUGAUAAGAUAAAUAUUAAUACAAGUCAAAUUUUAUAAAUCAAGGAAGUAACGUUUGUAUAUUUGGAAUAGGCUCGCUACUUAUCCUAUGUUUUAACCAAGAACUACUUUGUUACGUUUGAACUAGAAGAAAUUUUUAUUGGUGACAUGUAAUUCUCCCAAA